AAAAAAUAUGAUGUAAACGAUAUCUUUUUAUUUGUUUCCAUAUGCUUAAAAGGGAAAGGAUUGCAAAGGUCUCUUUUCCCAGACACUAGAGAUUUUUCCACCGAAGAGUAGUCUAGCAAAAACUAAUAUCGCACUGCAAUGUUAGUAGGUCAUAUGAGGUUUCGUACUACAAAUAAACGGACUACUCAGAAGAAAGAAGAUGGAAGAACUCUACGACUAUUCUCGGCAUAGAUAUUGUAUUAAUAUCGAUUUGGGCUAUGACAUGAUCACCUCUAAAGCGAUUGCCAUUAAUAAUAAUAUAGAGUUGAAUGAAAGAUUUGAAAAAAAAUACAGUACCUCACUUUUAUAUGACACUACCACUAGAAAGGUCAUGGCCAGAGGUAAAUUGGCUGAUGAAGCGAAUGAGGAUUCAAAAGGGCUUCAAGAAGGCGUUAUUUAUAUACGCACCAUUUUAAGCGAGCUCGCUGACAUUUAUUCAAAAUCCGAGCAACAAUCUUUCGAUAAUACCGCAAUGUAUGCGGCCAUUUACGAGGCGGCUAUGGAACUGUUACAACUGUUACUGUAUGAUUAUAAACAAGAAUUGAAUAGUGUAAAUAUGGAUUUUUGUUAUUCUUUGAAUCUUCCAACCAGUUGGGAUUAUAAAAUAAGAGAAGAAUUGUUCCUGCCUCUAUUCGUAAAAGCUGGUCUUCUCCAUGAAAAUGAUGGUCCAGGCAGGCUAGUGUUUUUUUCAAUGUUAGAGUUAAAUUUUCAAAACAUGCAGAUGUAUAGAAGAUUACAGAAGGGUACAAAUAUAAAGUAUGGUGAUCAGCGCGUUAUAUGUACAAUAGAUUAUCAAGUUACAUACUCCGUGGAUUUGAAAUUGGUAUCAGCUCAAUACCCUGCUUUCAGAUUAGAACAAAGAAACAUGUGUGGAAAAGCAUUGUGAUACUACGUUAUCAUCGGAAUCUAUCGACGACUUGCUUGAAAAACUCAGUCAACAGUUUGAUGGAUUUAGAUAUUUCAGAGAAGAUAAUGUUUUAGAUUGUCAGCCAUUGCCAGACUUGACAUAUCGCUGGACGAAUGAAUCAAUCACUUUAAAGGACAUUUAUGAACAUUUUUCAGGUUAUGCAGAAAAAUUCUUUAGAAAUGAAGUAGAUAAAUUUCUUGUAGGCACAAGCAAUAUAGUAUCCAGACCAUUGAACAUUUUUUACACAAGUCGAAUCCCGAUAACAUUUUUAGCUAAGGGGCUAAUGUCAUCACUUGAACGUUGGUCGAGAAAGUAUUUCAGUGAACUAAAAGAAUCUUACAUAUCCGCGGA